GCUCGUCCGUAUUUAACCUUCUCUUCUUCCCUCUGGAUCAACUCAUUCGCUUUCUUUUGCAUCUUCCCCCCGCAGUGGAGAGUACACAACUAUUAACGGAGGGCAACUUCACACCGUCAAGUUCACUUGAAUCCAUCCCAGGUUCGUUCGGCUCCGGCCGGGAUAACCGUGCGGGAUCUGCUGCGGAGGACACACGCCGGCUCACGACUGCGUGCGCCCGGGCACAGACGCUCCGAGCACCCCCGGGGGCCGGAUGGUUGUACAUUUUUUUUUUUUUUUUUUUUGACCGCUUCUAUCGCGACCUGCUUUGGAACUAACUAAACGGAAGCUCCCGGAUUCUCCUCCCCCUCGGUUAGAGAGAGACAAUGUUGUGGGACAGCCUGUGCUGUCUGCUGGCCCUGCUGGCCUCAUCGUCCGCGGGGCUGCCCCCGGCCUUGGAGCCGCUGUCCGCCCCCAGGAUCUUCCUGUCCUUCAAAGAGUUAAAGUCGACCGGCACUGCUCACCACUUCUCCUUCUUGCUGAACUCGAGCGACUAUCGAAUUCUUCGCAUGGACGAGGACCACGACCGCAUGUAUGUGGGCAGCAAAGAUUAUAUCCUGUCUCUGGAUCUGCACGACAUAAACAAGGAGCCACUCAUUAUCCACUGGCCCGUUGCCCCUCAGAGGAAGUCUGAAUGUGUCCUGUCUGGAAAAGACACCAAUGGCGAAUGCGGGAACUUCAUCCGUCUGAUCGAGCCGUGGAACCGCACUCAUCUGUACGUGUGCGGAACGGGAGCGUACAACCCCAUCUGCACGUACGUGGACCGCGGACGCAGGUCGCAGGGAUCCUCCUACCUCCAGGCCCCUAAAUAUGGAGGAAGAACCAAUCGGGCAGCAGACCAGAGUGCCACGUCAGAGCUUUUGGAGGCCAAGGAAUAUAUUUUCCGCCUUGAGCCGGGCAAAGUGGAUUCUGGGAAGGGAAAAUGUCCUUUUGACCCCAAACUGAACAGCGUCUCCGCUUUGAUCAAUGGCGAGUUGUAUGCGGGAGUCUACAUCGAUUUCAUGGGAACAGACUCUGCUAUCUUCCGUACACUGGGAAAGCAGACAGCCAUGCGGACCGAUCAGUACAACUCCAGAUGGUUGAACGACCCCACAUUCAUCCACGCACACCUCAUCCCCGACAGCGCCGAGAAGAAUGACGACAAGCUCUACUUCUUCUUCCGCGAGAAGGCCACCGAGAUGGGCCAGAGUCCCAUGAGCCAGUCCAGAAUCGGGCGGAUCUGCUUGAAUGACGACGGCGGCCACUGCUGUCUGGUGAACAAGUGGAGCACUUUUCUGAAGGCCCGUCUCAUCUGCUCGGUGGCUGGAGCCGACGGUGUCGAGACGCACUUUGACGAGCUCAGGGAUGUUUACAUCCAGCCGACGCAAGACACCAAGAAUCCUGUCAUCUACGGAGUCUUUUCAGUUUCAGGAUCUGUGUUUAAAGGCUCGGCGGUGUGCGUCUACUCCAUGGCAGACAUCCGCAUGGUCUUCAAUGGUCCUUUUGCUCACAAGGAAGGACCCAACUACCAGUGGGUGGCCUACACAGGGAAGAUCCCUUACCCCAGGCCUGGCACUUGUCCCGGAGGCACGUUCACCCCCAACAUGAAAUCCACCAAGGAUUACCCGGACGAGGUGAUCAACUUCAUGAGGAACCACCCCACCAUGCACAACGCCGUGUACCCGGUACACAAGCGGCCACUGGUGGUCCGCACCAACGUGGACUACGAGUUCACCACCAUCGCCGUGGACCAAGUGACGGCAGCCGACGGGAGCUACGAGGUCCUCUUCAUGGGCACAGAUCGCGGCACAGUGCAGAAGGUGAUCGUGUUGCCUCGAGACGACCUUCAGACUGAGGAAUUGGUUUUGGAGGAAGUGGAGGUCUUUAAGGUUCCCACCCCGAUCAUCACCAUGAAGAUCUCGUCCAAACGCCAACAACUGUACGUGGCGUCCGUACUGGGCGUCACCCACCUGGCUCUCCACCGCUGCGACGUGUACGGCGAGGUGUGCGCCGACUGCUGUCUGGCCCGGGACCCGUACUGCGCCUGGGACGGAAAAUCCUGCUCCAGAUACUCGGCGUCGCAGAAGAGACGCAGCCGUCGUCAGGACGUCAAGUACGGCAACCCCAUCCGCCAGUGCAGAGGCUAUAACUCCAAUGCCAAUAAGAAUACUCUGGAGACAGUUCAGUAUGGCGUGGAGGGCAGCACCACAUUCUUGGAGUGCCAGGCAAGGUCCCCCCAUGUUUCUCUCAAGUGGCAUCUUCAGAAAGAGAACAGCGACAGGAGGAAAGAGAUUCGCUCGGAGGGCCGCAUCCUGAAGACGGACCAGGGCCUCCUGAUCCGCUCCCUGCAGCCGUCGGACAGCGCCGUCUACCAGUGCACGUCCACGGAGAAGAACUUCAAGCACACGCUGGUCAAGCUGCAGCUGGUGGUGCUCUCCAGCCGCACCGUCAACAACGUCCUGGUGGAGACGGGCGCGCCGUCCCUGGCCCUGGCCCCGUUGCAGUCCAGCGCCUGGACGCCGAGCGCCGGCCAGUACAAAGACCUGCUGACCAUCCUGAGCCAACCGGAGAUGGGCCUGAUCAACCAGUACUGCCAGGACUACUGGCAGCUGGGGGACGGCGGCGGUGGCGGCGGCGGCGGCGGCCUGGGGGACGGCAAAGCCAAGAGUCUAAAGGAGCUGAAGGAGCAGAAGAAGCCGCGCAACCGCCGGCAUCGCGACGACGAGACGAGCCCCGCCGAGACAUGAGGAGCCGGAAACAACCAGCCGCGAGCACCUCCCUAAACGCUACACUAUCCCGCUGAUGUUCAGGAGUGACUCAUAACGGACGCAAUACAGCAGAAAAGACAAAAACUCUUGGAUGAAACACAAUAUUUAUUGUAGGUUGUAAAAAGUCAUUCUUUGUACCCAUCUAGGAAAAAACAUGUUUUUUUUUGUGAAUAGGAAGCUGUUGUUAUUAUUCUAAUGUUCUGGUUAGUGUUGCUGACGAUGUGUAUCCUGUUGAGGAUUAGGUCUUUUUUUUUUUUUUUUUAUGUUUGGUGUUUUGGGAGCAUCCACGCAAACGGACGAGGACUGAAAGCGGAACUUGGACAAGAACGCUCCUCUCGAAAGCUGUUAAAAGACGGCACAGAAAAAGCAUUUUUCAGGACCACGCAAACGCCCGCUGACUUCAUGUUCCAGCGCCCGCCCUAAUUCUUAAUAUUACAUUCUUACUUAACACACCCCGCACCACAGGAUAAUCACUUACGGUAAUGUUUUGGAAGCAUCUAACAAUCGGGGCUUUGCUGAGUUUGACCGGAAAAGGGGGAGGAAAAAAUGCUUCAAUUCUGUCUGAUUAUCGCUAUGUUUGUAGCCCGCUUCAGUUAAUCUUUCCAUCUAAAUGCAUCUUCAACAACAUGCGAUCAUUGUACUGGGGGAGAAACUGUCUUUCAAUCUUGUCUCCAAAAUGCAGACUCCAGUAGGCAGCUAUUCUUGAGUGAGUCAUUUACAAGAACAGCGGGGGGGCAAAGCAAAGGACUUUCUGUCGCCAAACACGGACAAAAGUAUUGGGAGAUGUCUCUUAAAGGGGACAUUAUGGAUUUUUUUUUUUUUCUUAUUUUCUUUUUUUUAGUUGAGGCGGGACCGUCGUAAACUGAGGACCCUCUUUGAGCAAUGGAAACACGCCCUCAAAACAGGCAAUGUUGGGGAAUGGUAUUUCCACUAUACCUCUUUGAUUCUUUGGGGAUUUUUUUUUUAACACCUUAGUUCCCUCUGAGAUAUUUGGGACAAUUCUAACCUUCCAAUUUUGUGGAGUCUAUAGAAGAUUGACGUGGUCCACAAAAUAUUGGCGGGGGGGGGGUCCCGACAUUUUUGUCUGUGGUAUAUGCGAUGUGGUCAUGAAAGUGGGGGGGGGGGUACACUUUGAUAUGGAUUUGAUAUGACACACACACAAGCACACAUGCUCACACACUAAUACAUGCACUCUCCAACGAGCACACAAUUAGAUACGCACGCGGUGACACACCACACACAUACACACAAGCGUACACACGCUCGCACACAGUGACACACACACAGACACUUAACACACACGCAAGCACUCACCAAACACAGCUGAUCGAACAUUUUCUGGGGCACUUUUGGGCGCACACAAAGCGGGGGGCACAUGCCCCCCCGGUCCCCCCAGGUUCUGCCCGCCUCUGACGCACACACAUGCACACAUAGACAAGCGCACACAGACGGGAGCCCACCAAACACACACACAUCCGGUCAUGAAAGGGGGAGAUUGCAGUUUGAUGUGGCUUAUUUUCAUUUUAUAAAUUCAAUUUUGCAUUCCUGCCGCUUUUCACGCUGAUAACGAGAGUCAUGAUUCAUUCAUCUUUGACUCAUUCAUAUACAGUACCAUUAAUGGGGGGGGGGGUCAUAGAAAAGGUACAACCAUACGCAGUUUUGGCAGGGUGUCUUUUGGUGGUGCAUGGCAUGUACAGUGUGUGUAUACAGUGUCUCUGUUCCCGUGAAUGUCGGUAAAUGUCUUUCUCAUUGUGGGAAUAUAGAAAUAAUAUCAAAGGGGAGAAAAAAAAAAAAAAAAGAAUAUGGGCUCCGAUUUUUUUAAGAGAGUGUUGCAGUCCAGAUUGUACUUAUAUUUGAAAUUUUAUUUUCUGUGUUUUGCAGACUUCCCUUGGGGUCAUUGUUGCAAAGUAAUGACUGAUAGGAUGCGCACUUGUUAUAAUGACUCGUAAAAAAAAAAAAAAAAAAUAUUAAAUCUUC